UCUCUAUCGAACGAUUUCGAUUGAUCGGUAACAGCACAGGAUGCAGACAUCUGUUCCAGUCGACAACGAAUUUGAUGGUUCAUUAUCUCGGUCUCCGCGCGCUCAAGGCGUUAAACGUGACCAUGCAGAAGAGAAUCCUCAGGCACCCAACAAGGCCCCAAGACUAGAGACAAUCACGAAGAGGGAUGGCCCUUUAUCUGAUACUCCAUCUCAAAGUGCCACUCCAUCGGGGACCUCCAGGCCAAAACAGGUCCAGUCUUCGGCGAGAGCUAUUCAUGAACAGCGUCUUCCACCGAUGCAAAAAAUCCUGGCAACCGCACCAGCACCUGUUCGUAGUCCGGCGCAUCUAAAUGGCUCGCUUCCAGCUUUUGCGACACAAAUGAACGGACAGCCCCUUGGACCUCUUCGCUUCGAUGAUACGAAUCAGGUGGCAAGCGACUCUUCACUUCAAAACACAUCCGCAGCUCAACCCCUCCCAGCCAAUUUUGAUCAUAACAUCAGUCGCAUGGAUGCCCCGGUUCAGAACCCUCGCAUGGCUCAGGUUCCGACUUAUAGCCAGGCAUCAGCAAAUGGCAAUGCCGUGUUCCACGCUCUCCAUGAUGAUCAAAAUGGGCCAUAUCGUCAGGCACCAUUCCAUACGGCACAACUUCCUUCUCGGCCACCUCCUCCGCAUCCAUGUCUACACGAUGUUAACUUGUUGUCAAGUAUCGCACAAAGCUUGGCAUCUUUGAGAAAAGAGAAGGUGCUUGAGAUUCUUGCCACUGCAGCGAUGCAUCACGCCGAUAUCUAUGCGACCAUCCAGAAAGAACUUGCUCAAGAGGCUGUUGGUAAACUUGCCACGGAGUCUUCGCUGUUCAAACAUCUCGCUGCUCAGUCCCGAGAUGAAUACAGAGCUGCUGCUGAUAGGGAUAACGCAAUUGCCGCAGCCUAUGCAGCACAGGCCGUCCAGAACCAACAGCGUCAACAAUACCAACAGUACCAACAGUACCAACAAAAUCUCCAACCAGGAGUCAUCGAGAACAAGCACAACCAAGUUGAAGAGGAGGUAGAAGAAGAAAGUGAAGAUGAGCAGGAGGAGGAAGAGGAAGAAGAACCCCUUACGUUCGCUCAAAACACGAACCGAGUGGAAUAUAUACUUCACACUCGAUACGCCGGUCUCCGAGACUCGCAGCAAUCAUACAUAAUCGUCGAGGCUGUGACCAAGAUUGAAGACCAAAUCGAAAGCAUUGCCAGUCAAGUGCGAAACACCAGCCCAUUCGAAACUAAAUCCGAGGCCGUGUUCGAACUUUGCAACAUUGGAAGACUGGUCGUACAGCAAACAAACGGAUACUUGGGGUCAAAGAUACAAGAUCACAUGUCGUACUCAUCUGUACUGGUGAGUAGCUUGCAGGCAUUAUGCUGCAAGUUAGAGGAACGCGAGAUGAUGGCGAUAGGUCGCAUGUUGAAGAACGACCUGGAACAACUCGACAAAGAAAGAGAAGGCUGUUUCGAAGGAUUUGAUGUGGUCGUCGAGCAGUUCAGGCAAGCGGCAGCUGGCAUGCGAGAAGGAGGUCCAAAGAGAAGUGGAGCUGCUACGAUUGACCUAACGGGUUGAUUGCUUUGAUGAAAUGCUCGCACAUAGCUUCCCAGUCUACGGUGGUCCGCCGCAUCCUCUUUCAUUUCGUAGAAUGAUAUACUCGGAGUAUGCUAAUAAUCAGUCAAUCGAUCCUUGGUGUCACC